AUGAAAAAACUCUGGGUCAUUGGAACUCAAACUAUUAAAACAAAAUUAGGAAAGGCUGAACAGACUGAAGAUGAUGAAUUUAUAAUGCUCCAUAACAAAUUCAAAUCAUCUGAAAAGGCUUCUGAAAACUUUGUAAAACAUACCAACCAAUUGAUUGAGAAUUUCCAUGCCUUUUCUACUACCUUGGCCUUUCUCGCUGAAGAUUUUCGUGAUGUGAAUACUCAAAAUUCACCAAAAAUAGAACAAGCAGGUGCUGUUUUAGAAAAGGUCGCCAAAUCUGUCGAAACGAACUGUGUUUUACCUUUUCAGAGCAAUGUCACUGCCAACGUAGCAACACCCGCCAACGAAUACUAUGUCCUUUUUGAGCCUGCAAAGAAACUAUUUAAGGAGAGAAAAGAAAUUACUUUACAGUAUGAUUAUUAUAGACAACAAGUUGAAAAGUUGAGUGAAAAACAAUCCAAGAAUCCUCUUGAAUUGCCAAAGGCUAAAGAGAAGAUGAAUACUUUUAAAGAAAAGUGGGAUGAAAUCAAUUUACAAUGUAAACAACACAUUCUUGAUAUUCUUGAAAAGGAACAAGGUGUAUUUGAACCAGCCAUUCAACAAUUAUGUGCAAAUUUAUUAGAAUGGAAUUCAAAAUUGGCAACUUGCAUGGCUGAAUUGAAGAAUCAUUCAAGUACUUUGAUUGUCUCUCCAGUCACGACGACAUCUUCCAGUGGUGGUAUUAGUAGUGGUUCUCAUGCUCACACUCAAUCGGUGAGUAGUGGCGGUGGUAGUGACAAGACCAGCAAUAGUCGAUCUCAAUCGGUGAUGGGUGGUGGUGCUAUUCCUCCUGCCUUUGAUUGUGAAUGGUUCUAUGUGGAUUCCAAUGUUGAGACUCAAGGACCAGUGUCAUUCAAAACCAUGCAACAAAAGUUCAAGAGUGGUGAAAUUAAGCCAGAUACCCAUGUGUAUGGAGGAGACUUGACUGACUGGGUUCAAAUUAGAACUGUGGCUGGAUUGGAGCAAGCUUUGAAGCAAUAA